AUGGACCCAAUCAGGCCAAUCCUGCCCACCAGCAGCAAAGUACCAUUUUGCCACAGUAGGAUUCGCACCCAGGUUUGCAAUUGCAAGGGGGAAGCCCGGGGCCCCUCUGUGGAAGGGGCACCUCGCCAGGUCACCCCCAGCCCUGUGCAGAAGAAGCCCGGCACCACGGCCAGCCAGAGGACUGUUCUGCCCACCCCAGCAUCUCCCACCCCGCUCACCUCCAGGAGGAGCCAGGUAAGAGCGACGGCCAGCCCCAAGGCGACCUCACCUGCAAGUGUCAAGACCACUUUCCCGUACCAGAGAGAGGAUCUGGAAGAGCCACUUUCCAAGAAGGAACAGCUCUCCGGACCUGAAAAGAAAGAAAGCCUUUCCCUGGCUGGGUCCGGCUUCCUGCCUUCUUUCCAGGCUCCCACGCUGCGGCUGGUGCUCCCCGUCCAAACUGGCUCGCCCGCCUCUUCUCCGCUCACUGUUCAGCACAGCGGCCGCAGGAAGGCAGCUCCGGCAGAUGGAGCCAGGCCAGACAAGAACAACUCUGUCCGCCUCAAAGUCAUCAAGAAGAAAGUCUUGAAGAAGAAAGCAAAGGCUUCUGUCCAAGAACCGGCAGCAAAAGAGGAGCCGCUCCACUAUCUCAAACCAGAAUGCCCCCCACUGGGACUCGAAUCUCUAAGAGUGCGAGACUCACAGCUCCGAGCUUCCACCAUUAAGCGCCACGGACUGGGGGCCCACCGGGGACGCCUCAACAUACAGUCUGGCAUCAAUGACGGUGAUUUCUAUGAUGGUGGCUGGUGUGCGGCCCACGAAGACAAAGGCCAGUGGCUGGAGCUUGACGCCAGGCGGAUGACGCGCUUCACGGGGGUCAUCACCCAAGGCCUGAACUCCAUCUGGACUUAUGACUGGGUGACGUCCUAUAAGAUCCAGUUCAGCAAUGACACUCAUACUUGGCAUCCGUGCAAGAACGGGAGCGAAGAAAUGAUAUUCCCUGGAAACAAAGACCCUGAGACGCCAGUUCUCAACCUGUUCCCUGUUCCAGUGGUGGCUCGGUACAUCCGCAUCAAUCCUCAGACAUGGUUUGAGAAUGGGACCAUCUGCUUGAGGGCGGAGGUCCUUGGUUGCACCUUGCCAGACCCCAACAACAUCUACUACUGGGAUGACAAACCAGUGACCAAUGAUAAAUUGGAUUUCAGACACCACAAUUACAAGGAAAUGAGAAAGCUAAUGAAGAAAGUGAAUGACGCCUGUCCUAACAUCACACGGAUAUACAGCAUCGGGAAGAGCUACAGGGGCUUGAAAAUGUAUGUCAUGGAGAUAUCCGAUAACCCCGGGCAACAUGAAGUAGGGGAGCCCGAGUUCCGCUACGUGGCCGGGAUGCAUGGGAACGAGGCGCUGGGUCGGGAACUGAUGCUCAACCUGAUGGAGUACCUGUGCCAUGAGUACCAACAGGGCAACCCACGCGUCGUUCGGCUCGUGACCGAGACCCGCAUCCACCUCCUGCCCUCCAUGAACCCGGACGGCUAUGAGACGGCCUACAAGCUGGGCUCAGAACUGUCCGGCUGGGCUAUGGGCCGGUGGACCUACGAAGGCUUUGACCUCAACCACAACUUCGCUGACCUCAACACGGCCCUGUGGGAUGCGGAGGACAAUGAGCUGGUGCCCCACAAGUUCCCCAACCACUACAUCCCCAUUCCAGAGGCCUACACCUUCCCCAACGCUACGGUCGCCCCAGAAACCCGGGCCGUCAUCAGCUGGAUGCAACGCUACCCUUUCGUGCUGAGCGCCAACUUGCACGGAGGCGAGCUGGUGGUGACAUACCCCUUCGACAUGACCCGCACAUACUGGAAGGCGCAAGAGCUGACACCCACAGCCGACGACCCCGUCUUCCGCUGGCUGGCCACCGUCUACGCCACCACCAACUUGGCCAUGGUGGAUGAUGACCGGAGGCUCUGCCAUUACGACGACUUCAUGCGGGAAGGCAACAUCAUCAACGGGGCCAACUGGCACACGGUGGCCGGAAGUAUGAAUGACUUCAGCUAUCUUCACACAAAUUGCUUCGAAAUCACAAUCGAAUUAUCCUGCGACAAAUUCCCACAUGAGUCGGAGCUGCCCCAAGAAUGGGAGAACAACAAGGAAUCUUUGCUGGUCUACAUGGAACAGGUCCGCAGGGGCAUUAAAGGCAUCGUCCGAGACAAAGACACAGAACAAGGAAUCGCAGACGCCAUCAUUUCCGUGGACGGCAUCAAUCAUGACAUCAGGACAGUUUUCGAUGGGGAUUACUGGCGCCUGCUAAAUCCUGGAGAGUACGACGUCACAGCGUCAGCCGAGGGCUACCACUCUGUCACCCAGAGCUGCCGCGUCUCUUACGAGGACAACCCCACCAUCUGUGACUUCCGCCUGACAAAGACCCCCAAGCAACGGCUGAGGGAGAUCCUGGCCAAAGGGGGCAAAAUCCCCAAGGACCUCGCCCUGCGCCUCCGCCAGCUACGGCUGCGUAAACUGAGAUCGCAGCGGAGGGCCCAGUGA